UGCUUAACUACUCCUUUAAUAAUGAUUUUAUUAUUGCUGAGGUAGGGUGGAGGUUGAUCCAGAGGGUGCUGCCUCUUGGGAUUUAGGGUUUGUGGGUUCACCCUUGCUCAGGUUCCCUCUCUGGGGUUUCCACGUGGGGUGACUCACACGGGCAGGUGACUCACCUUCCUCUGGGUCCCGUCCUUGGGUGGGGAGUUGAUUUUUGGGGUGGUGGCAGCAGUGCUGGGGUAGGGACUAGUGCAAAACGGGUCCCAGUGGGAUGAGUGCUGGGCCCAUGACUGGGGGUGGUCUGUGGGUUCCUGUGGGGCUCAGCACCACUCUGGGAUUUGGCCACCAAGGGGCCAGCUGGUGUCCCCUGCUUGGUUGAGAGGAAGGCAGUUGAAAUGGUGGGGGGGGGAUGGGGAGGAGGCCAGUGUCUCAUGAGGAAUUAAUUGCAUUUUUGGGCAAAGGCUGCCCAGGCUCCUCUGGCUCUCAGCACGUGUUUGAGGAUGGGCUGGGGGCCCUGCAGGAGGAUCCUGCCUGCUCCUGUACCCUCAAAGUUCCUCGCAGGACUCAUGGAUGGACUGGUUGGGGAAAUCCUUGGGGAUGGGGAGGCCCUUAUGGCAAGGGGGCAAAGCCAUCAGCGAGCCCCCCCUAUUUCACAUGGUUUUGUGUUUUGUGCUUCUGUGUCCUGGUCUGUUGUUUUGCUGAAGGUGGUGGGCGAGUAGAUAUGGAAACCCCUGUGGAAGCCGCAGCCAGGUGGUGGCGUGGAGGGAAUGCUCAGUGUCCAACAGCAGCUCUUCAAAGACCUCUGGGGCACAGUGGUGGUGUGGGCAUGGGGGCCCCCAAAGCCUGAUAGGUGCUGGAGGGUUUUGGGAGAUCUCCUGACCUUCAGCCCUCCUUCCCAAGAGACUCAAAGGUCCCUGAGGGGGGAUGGACGCAAACAGCGGUGUGCUGAGCAAGGAGGUGGAUUCAGCCCUAGGGCACAGCUAGGUCAUGAUGGGAUUGAUGAAGGGGUGUCUUGACUGACCCUGGCAUGGGGUGUUGAGGUUAAAUGCAGUGGGGGAAGAUUUUUUGUGAUCAGAGUAUGUGGGACUUUUCCCUGAGGGAAAUACUUGCCUUCAGGCAUGGAGAUGUGGGGAUUGUUGUCCCAGUCAACUUUCAAGCAGAUGGGGGGCACUGGGGUUGUGUUUUGCUGUUAUUCAGGGUGAGGACUCAGAUGGGAGAGGGAGGGACACAUUCAGCACUGGGACUGGACCCCUAGGCCCCCACCUCCUGGUGUCACACAGGGUGUGGGACACCUCCUGGAUCACCUCCACACUGUGCUGGGCCACCAGCUUGGCCACAGUGACACUGCAGCAGCAGGUGAAGGGUUUAGUGUCCACAUCAGAGGUCCCAGCAUUGUCCCCUAGGCAGGGGAGAGAUGGAGAAGUCUCCUGUGCCAGGAACAGCUUGUCAGAGAGCUGGACGGGCAUGUGGGCCCUGGAGACCCCUCAGAUUCCUGGGGAUGCAACCAGGACUCACCUGGAGCUCAUCUCCCACAGGGCAUUGAGGAGGAACUGCCAUUGGAGGGUUGAGGAUGAUGAGGAGAUGAAGGCAGUGUCACUUGUUGGCCACCACCAGCAGCACCAGGGGAGCAAGACCUGGGAAAGGAGAAAUACAGAGGGGGAUUUUGGGGUGAAAAAAAUGACUCGUUUGGUAAAUUUAACUUGUAAAAUAAGCAUGGGCGGCAAACACAGACUUGUCAUUUAGACCAGAAACAAGGAUGGAAACAGGUCUGGGUGCUGGUGAGGGCUGGGCACUCUGACCUGCAGGAUGUGACGGUGUGGCUGGUGUGGGAGGGACGCCCUUGGAGGGCCUGGCUUCCCCUCCCUGCAGUCCCGGCCCAUUUACCCUGCUGUGCUUUCACAUUCCCCAGCAGAGGCUGGAGCUGCAGGCACGUGGCUGUUUGGGGAGCUCCUCGGUGGGUGCCCCUGCCCCUGCCCUCAUUUCCACCCCAGGGCAGCUUCCCUGGGAACCACACCUGGAUGUGGAAGCUGCAGGGAUGGAUCAGCUUCGUCAUUCACUGCAGGUCCCAUUAGACUGCAGAGUGAACAUGCUGCAUUCUACCUGUCCUUUCCCACCCAGCUAAUCCCAGAAGCUCCUUCUUUGCCAAAUCCAGGGGCUGAUGCAUCCCUUUCCCUGCUCCGGUACUGGACUCCUGCAUUCCAGGAUCCUUUCCCCACUGAUGGGAAUGAGGGCUUCUCUGUAUUAUCUCUCGGCCUUGCUUGCUGCAGGUGUGUAUCUCCAGUGGAGAGAGCCAGUAAUAGGAGAGGUGUCCUGCUGGCAAUUGGUGGCUGAGCAGCGUGCUGCCCGUUAUGGCUGGUUGGUUUAGGCGGCUCCUGCACAAGCCCAAGCCCAGCUCAGUGGAAAGCCUCAAGUCCAGCCACUCUGCUUCAUCCUCACCUUCCUCCUCCUCCUCUGCCAAGAGCUCCAGCUCCUCUCCUGGCACGAGCUCAGCCACCAGCUCCAUCUCGCUGUCACCUGUGUCGGCAGUGGACAUCAGCGCCUCGGACAGCCCCCGGUGGGAGAAGAGCUACGACGUCUGCAUCUGCCACAGCGAGGAGGACGUGGAGCUGGUGGAGGAGCUGGUGUCCUACCUGGAGGGCCAGCCCGAGAGCUUCCGCUGCUUCCUGCAGCUGCGGGACGCGGCGGCGGGGAGCGCGGUGGUGACAGAGCUGUGUGACGCCGUGCAGAACAGCCACUGCUGGGUCAUGCUCAUAACCCCCGGCUUCCUGCGCGACCCCUGGUGCAGGUACCAGAUGCACCAGGCCUUGGCUGAGGCUCCCAUGGCCAAUGGACGCACCAUCCCGGUGCUGAAGGACGUGGAGCGCAAGGAUUAUCCCAGGGAGCUGUGGAACAUCUACUACAUCUACAUGGCGCUGAAGGAGAAAAGCUUCAGGCAGAUCAGAGACACUGUCAUGCGCUACCUCCAGGAACUGUGCCGGAGCUCCACAAGAGGGACGGAGUAGUGCUGGGAGCAGGCAGAUGCAUCCUCAUGGGCAUCGUGGAGCUGCUGCUGUUGGUCUGGGUGUUGGACCUUGAGGUCAAACCUGAGCUGCUCAGACAGACCUGGGAGCCAAGGAUGGGGGGCGUUCCCCACAUUCAGGAGGGACAGCAGAGACCAGAGCCCCCCACGUCCCAGUGGCCAAAAUCUCCUCGGCAGGGACAGGGACAUCCAUCACACGAACACUAAGCUCUGACAUCGGGUGGUUCUCGGGGUCACAAGAGCUCUUUACUGCACUGCCGUUUGCUGUCCUGACGGCUCUGGAAUCCCUACUAAGCUGACAAAACCCCUGCUGGGCUGUGGGCAAGGCAAGAUGAGGCAGACAGUGACUUCGCACGGAAUCGUUGCGACUACGAAAAUGCAGAAGUUUUAAAUUUUGGUGGUUUUUCCGUAUUUUUGUCUCAGUCGCCGGUUCGGGCGUUUGUGGGAGGAGUAGCCGCGGGGGUGCGCGACCUCCGAGCCGCCAGGGGGCGCCAUUCCCCAGCGCGCCGUCAGGCGCCGCGCGUGCGCAGUGCGGG